GGAAGGACGCGGCUGGCGAGGGUCUCCUCCGGUGUGGCGCGCCCCCACCAACACCGCGACUACUGUUUACGCCUAGUAGUAAUAUUUACUACUACUACUACAUCACCGUCAUGAGCCACGCCGUGCCUCCUCCCGUUUUUCUAGGGGCCGAAGAAGUGGAAAAAUACUUGCCUUCAGCCAGCCUGCUCAUCCCGCCUCUGGAAGUCGCCUUGGGCAACUUCUCCAAAGGAUCCGAGGGAGGCGUCGUGCAGCCGGUGCGCACCGUAGUGCCCAUCCAGAAGUACAACGGCUUUUUAGGAGUCAUGCCUGCUUACAGUGCAAAUGACGACGCUCUGACAACCAAGUUGGUGACCUUUUAUGAGCACCUGAACGACCCGAACGUGCCUUCGCAUCAAGCCACUGUGCUUUUAUUCGAUCCAAGCAACGGCACCCUCAAAGCUGUCAUGGAUGGCAGUGUCAUUACAGCCAAGCGCACGGCUGCGGUUUCCGCCAUCGCCACUAAGCUCUUAAUGCCAGUGGAUUCUGAAGUGCUGUGCAUCCUAGGGACCGGUGUUCAAGCCCGCAGCCACUAUGAGAUCUUCAUGGAGCUGUUUUCAUUUAAGGAGGUGAGGAUCUGGAAUCGCACCAAGGAGAACGCUGAGAAGUUUGCUCGCUCCGUCAACGGGCCGGUGCGAGUCUGCUCUUCCGCUCAGGAGGCCGUUACCGGGGCGGAUGUGAUCGUCACAGUCACUAUGGCGACAAAACCAAUUUUAUACGGCGAUUGGGUGAAACCCGGGGCCCAUGUCAAUGCCAUUGGAGCAAGCAGACCUGACUGGCGGGAACUGGAUGAUGACAUCAUGCGGAACUCUGUGUUGUACGUAGAUUCGAGAGAGGCUGCUCUGCGUGAAUCAGGGGAUGUUAUUUUAUCAGGGGCAAAGAUUUUUGCAGAGCUGGGUGAGGCCUUGUUGGGAACGAAACCAGCUCUGUGUGAGAAAACAACUGUGUUCAAAUCACUGGGAAUGGCAAUUGAAGACACAGUGGCGGCAAAGAUGGUCUUUGAUUUCUGGUCAGCUGGCAGCUGAAAUGAAGAUCUACGGAUAUCCCGAGCAACAAAACAAUAAAGUAGCCCUCCGCGGGGUAUUCUUCCCCCAUCCCAUUUAUCUUUUAGCAGCAAUACCUUGUUAAAGACUCUAAGGCUGCAAUUGCAUACAUAUUUACCUGGGAGUAAGUCCCACUGAACUCAGCGGUGCUUACUUCCGAGUAGAAAUGCCUAGGAUUGCACUGUAUCUCUUCCUGUCAUUUUUAAAAUAGCCUU